AUAAUCAAUGAAACAAUGCUUCCAUUCCCCAACUACUACAUUUCAACACCAACUAUGUCCGAGAAGAAAAAGAUCAUCUCUAGCAAUAGCAAUGGUAGAAAGAAGAGAUGGCCACCGUCUCUCUUCACCGGAGGAGGAGGCAGCGGAGGAGGAGGAGAAGAUGAGCUGGCGACAGUGAAAGCUGCGGCGUGGGCUUGGUACCAAAGAAACGAAGGGAAACCAAUGAUUAGAGAGUUCGAUCUCACGACAAGAGCCACAAGAACACCUCGGCCUUCGCGGUACAAGCUUGAGGCCAACAAGAACAUGAAUCUCCUCUCCGAGAACAAGGUUUCUAAAUCUUGCACUAAUCAUUUGUUGCGUGAAGAUCAAGAAACCAAGCUCUCUAGUCUUCUUGACUCAUAUGAGAUCAAGAGUAUUUCCAAGAGAAUCGAUGAGGGUUCUUUACCCGUUAAUCGGGCCAGUGCUUUGAGGAACGAUGAUCAUGUUUUUUUGAAGAAGAAGCUCGAAUAUGAUAGUAAGAAACAGAAUGGGUUGGUGACAAAAAUGAGCAUGAGAAAUUUGUGGAAAGGAAUGAUUCUGAUGUCUCCAAGGACAGUUUGUGGCAGAAGCGAUGACGUGGACAUCGGAGCUUAUCGGGCUGGACCAAGAACAGUAAAGGUUGCACCGACGAGUGUCAAGAGGCGAACCGACCGUCGCUAACUGUAUACUUUCUAGUUAUUUGGGAGUACGUAAGUAUAUACGUUUGGACGUUUUAAUGCUAAAGGGUCUUCUUAUUCUAUAACCUUGGAUGGAUUUUAACAAGUUUGUGUAUGCUGUUUCGUUUUUCUUUAUUUAGCUAUUGUGUAAGUUUUGUUGAUUACUAUAACCAAACAUAUAAUUAU